UUGACAAUUCCACUGUCAAUUUCGAAACUGAAAACAAACAAAAUAUUUCUAAAGUUACUUAUUUAUCGAUAUCCGUUUACUUUAAUGUCGCAACAGUUAGAACUUUUAACAGAAAGUCCAUCACAAUGGACUGCAGUCGCCCUUCUUACACCAGAAAUUCAGAAAAAGGAAAUAAAACCAUACGUUGUUUUGGCUCUCAAAGAGUUAGAAGGGAAUCCCGAUAGCCGCACUUCCAGUCUGAUGAGUGUAGACAAGUUCUCAGCGGUUCGCGUCGUCGUGAGGCACCUGGCGCGGCUGAGGUCGGCCAAUAAAGAACCGUGGGCUGCAGAAGAUGUCGCACAGUUUUUGGAAGGCUUAAGAUUCAGCCCAGAGUGUGUAGACGAGCUAACAUCACUACUCUGUAUAGACAAAGUGUAUGAGAACAUCCCUAAACAUCUGAGGGUGAAGCCGGGGUUGGUCAGCUUGCAAUGGAAGAUUGAUUUAUCUUUGAGCCAAUCAAACAUAUCAUCAGAAAAAGCGAGUGAAACACAAGCAAUGGAAAUAAUGCAAAGAGACACUCACAUAAUACUAAUAUUAACACUUACAAACGGACAAACACACACAUACAGAUUAUCCAUAAACAAGUUUCACGAGUUGAGGUACACAGUGGCUUGCGCAUUAAAGAAUAUGAUCGUUUUGGAGAAGCGGAAAUGUAUGAGGAAGGACUGACAGCGGUUUUCUUGGGGGUGAAGAUUAUUUCCCAUGUAAGGUGUUUUAAAGUGUACUAAUUUAUUUAUAGAGACUCUAAAUAGUAAUAAUAGUGAGAGAAUGAAUUAUAUUCAUUCUCUCUCUCAUCUGAGCGUUAUCCCGGUUUCUUACUCAGCCUUGAUGGUCGGAGCUCAGGGUCCAUUUUCCUACUUUUGCGUCUUCACGUCGCGUUGUCAUCCAUAGUUGUCAGACCAUAAUUCAUUUAUAGGCCUGAAAAUAAUAUCUAUGUCAAAUUUCAUCAAAAUCGGCCCACCGGUUUUGUCUUGAAAUUUGUGACAGACUUUUCCAUUUAUAAUAUAUUAGCGGCCCGUCCCGGUUUCGCUCGGGUAAAAAUAUAAUAAACUAAACCUACCACAGGAAUCACUCUAUUUAUUAAAAUCCGUGAAAACGGCAUGAAAAUCCGUGCUAUAGUUUUUGAGUUUAUCGCGAACAGACAGACAAACGCGGCAGUGGACUUUGUUUUAUAAUAUGUAAGGAUUUUUUUUUUCUUUCUAAAUUUUUGACAAGGGGUGAGUGCACUUUGUGUGACUAUUUGUAUGUAUAUAAGGUUGCAAAAUUUAUGUCGUCUGGCAAUGCGCCAUCUAGAAGGGACGCGAUCAAGGUGGUAACGAGAGAUUGUAUGAAGGUGCUAAUAAAAAUUGUUUGAGAACUGACAUAUUUAAUACCAGUAGUGAAAAGUUCAUAAAAUGAACAGAAGCUUCGAUUUAUGUUCUAAUAAAGGAUUAUAAAUUUUGUUUUAUAUAUCACUACGAGGCAUAAUAUGUAUAUAAAAAGAUAUAAUUAUUACCACGUGACACUACCUGAGAACACGCCUCGAGUAUUAUACGCCAAGUGUGUUAAACGAACGCGCUAGGCGAGUUUUCGCAUACUGCUUUGUAAAAUUUGAAGUGAUACAACGCUUGUAAAAUAUCCUAUGAAAGUAAAAUCUGUAAAAUAUUUGAAUGCUAGAUAUUUUGUGCAAUGUGAGCGGCAGUUUGCGUCACAUUCUUCUUGUUAAUUAACGGAAAAAUAUCGCAAUGUAAAAUAAUCUACUCACUCACUUUUUCUUGUUAUUAAAAUAAAUAAGGACAAAUCACACAGAUUGAGCUAGCCCCAAAGUAAGUUCGAGACUUGUGUUAUGGGAUACUAACUCAACGAUACUAUAUUCUAUAUAGAUAAACAUCCACCACACCCGGAUCAAUUAGAAAAAGAUCAAUUUCCAUCAUGACCCGACCGGGGAUCGAACCCAGGACCUCUCGGUUCAGUGGCUAGAACUUUACCACGACGCCACUGCGGUCGUCAAAUGUUAUUAUUAGAUAAAUUUGAAUUGUUUUUUCUAUUAAUUAUUAGGUCAAUUAAAUUAUAUAGUGUAUAAACGGUGCAUUGUUCAUAUAAUAUAAUGAUAGAGUUUAUUUUUAUUAAUAAAAUAUUAUAUUAUA